CAUUGCUCUUGCGACCACGUCCCCCUCCAUGCUGCCUGCGUACCUGGCGACAUUGGCCGGAUCCUCCCCUGGAUCGAAACCCCCUUUUGAAGGAAUGCCCCGCCCGAUACGUCGGUUUGUGGGCUACUCCAGUCUAGUGUUAAAAAAGAAUUGAAAAACAAUCAAACCAACCAGACCUGUGGCCGCCCAGUCGUCAUGGCCUCUUCGUCCACAAGCUCUCACGCCUCGUUUGCCUCCAAGCCGCCCCGCAUCCUCGCCUGUGUCCUCUGCCAGAACAGGAAGAUCAAAUGUGAUAGAAACUUCCCAUGCUCGAAUUGCACCAAAGCCAAUAUCAAAUGCACCCCCAGCACCCCAGCUCCCGCUCGCAAGAGAAGACGGCCAAACCAGGACUUGCAAGAGAGACUAGCUCGAUGCGAAGAGUUGCUGAAGGAGUAUGUCACAGAGAAACCCGAAAGCUCCGCAACUACACCAGCACCACCAUCCUACAACAGCGAUCCGUACCGUCAAUGGCAGCCCAUGGGCAAGCUCGUGAAGGAGGACGGGGCCUUCCGGUUCAUGGAUAGCGUCAUUCUUGGAACGAUCUAUGAUGAGCUCCGAGCUAUGAGGCAGAUUAUUGACACAGAGGAUAACGACGAGUCGACGUCGGAUACCAUGACUCCGGACGAUAACUCCGAGAUGCUCCUCGGGGCAGACAGUCCAUCAGUGGCCACAGAAGACUUGUGGCCAGACCCCGGUCAUAUCUUCCGCCUCUGGCAGAUAUAUCUCGACCGGGUGAACCCUCUGACCAAGAUCAUCCAUGUGCCGACACUGCAGCCUUAUGUGGCUGAGGCCACAACCGGCUGUCAGAACCUGCCGAAAAACAUCGAGGCCCUCCUGUUCUCGAUUUAUCUCAUGGCGGUUGUGGCUAUGUCUGCCGAGGAGUGCCAGGCUCUCCUGGGGUUCUCCAGGGAGGAAGCCUUGCAAAGGUACUCGUCGGGCGCCCGCAUCGCCCUCACCCGGAUAGGGUUUCUCAAGUCUUACGAUCUAACGACACUACAAGCGCUUGUUAUCUACCUGGUUUCACUCCAGGGGCGGUACAAUCGGCACGCGACCUGGAUUUUAAACGGCGUUGUUAUACGGAUCGCCCAAAAGAUGGGCCUUCACCAUGACGGCGAAGUUCUUGGUCUGGGUCCUUUCGAGUCAGAGAUGAGGAGACGGCUCUGGUGGCAGAUCAUCAUGAUAGAUGCCAAAUAUGCGAUGCUCACGGGACUCAGCCAUUCGUUGCUUCCGAGGAACUGGGACAUCAAGGAACCCAAGAACCUCAACGAUGCCGACUUAUUCCCGUCCGCCACAGAGCCAUUCCAGGACCGCGAGGGCCCGACCGAGAUGAUCUUCUGCUUGAUAAGCAACAGGAUCGGGAAGUUCCUGGUCGAAACCCCGGGCUUCGAAGUCAUGAUUAUGCUGGUCGAGUGCGGUGUACCGGAAAACGAAAGCUCCCAGAUGCAAGAGUUUCGUCGAAUGGUCGAGAAACUCGCCGCCGACCUCCUGGAAGUACUCGAUAACUACUGCGAUCCUUCUGCAGGGCCAGUACACGAGAUGGCCGUCGAGAUGAGGGCACAGAUAUUAAAUAAACUUAACCAGUUGGUAACGCCACCCGACCAUCCGGAUUGGGAGGAUGAGUUGCACGACUCGAAGGACCAUGCCUUCAAGAUGGCGCUCUCGGCACUAGAGCACGACGAGCACACCUACAAGGUCACCAAGGACAAAGGGUUCCUCUGGUUCUGGCAGAUCCACUUCCAAGUCGACGUUUUCAUCUAUUUGGCGGGACAACUCUGCCACCGGACAGAAGGCAAGCUCGUGGAGCGGGCGUGGAAGCAAGUUGAAGUGGUCUAUCAGUACAACUGUGGACUCCUGGAUACGACGAACAAGGCGAACCAAACGCUGGCGCGAUUUAUCCUCAAGGCGUGGAGCAAAAGAGAAGAGGUCCUCCGCGGUCGACUGGGGCAGGCCCCCGAAGUGCCCGAGUACAUAGAGAAGCUGCGGCGUGUCAUGCCCACCGAAGACAUGAAGGCUGAGCCGCUUCCGCCGCCGCAUCUGGCCCCUGAUCUCAUGAUCAGCGCGCAGGCGAACCCCCAAGAUCCCCCUUUCGACCAGUUGCUGGGGAAUUUCCUCGACGCAUCAUCCUUGGACUGGGACAUGUUUGGCAACAUGCCGUCCAAUCAGCAAAACAUGCCGCCCUUCAGAUACGGCAUGGGGCCAUUUUGAAAGGGGGGCCGCAAUGCUGCCAGUUCGAUAAUUUCCUCCUCUCAGCCUCCUCUCAAAACUCACGCCAUAGAUUUGACACCAUGUAAACUUCGGCGGUGUGCUUUUAGAAGACAUCUUCACUCUCGGCUUUGGGCGGCUCGUUGUGUACUAUAUAGGUAGGGAAGGACGGAUGGGUAAGGGGGGUAAGAAGGGAUAGAGUAUCUACAUAAGGCAGGGUGGCAUCCCAUGGGUGCUCGGUGCUCGGAAAAGCAUCGUAUUAUCGGAUUUAUCAAACCCCCACAAUUUAAAUGUCACGGAUCUUCUGCAUGCAGCAUAAUGACGACGCCGUCGUGAGAGAAACUCGAGAGUCGAAUCGAGUCGAGUGAGUCACAGGGGUCAUGCCUCGUGGAUCGCAUUGGGCAUGAUACUCAUAAAAUGUGUUGCCAUUUGCUC